CACACACACACACACACACACAUAAAGAUACACCAUAAGAGCAAUUAUCAUCAACUUAUUUCAUUUCAGGUGAAAACUGCCUAAUGGAAACCAGCAAGAUCAUCUCAACUGACAAAGCUACAGUUGUCAUCCAAGUAAAUCCACAGGUGACACAAAAUACUGUUAUGAGUGAUGAUGGACAGGAGGCCACAGGAGCAUAUCAUAAUACGGCUCUCGCAGAAUUUUUCAAAGCACAACCAAAGGCACUGGGGACUGUCCAAAUAAUGAUUGGAGUGGUGAUUUUCUCAUUUGGUAUUGUACGCACCACAGUCUAUGAUUACAAUGAUAUUUCUGUCAUCAUUGGCAUAACCUACUGGGGAUCCCUUGCUUACAUCAGUGCUGGAUCUCUGUCUGUUGCUGCGCAGAAUAAACUUCACGUGUGUGUGGUAAAAGCCUCUCUUAUAAUGAAUGUGAUCAGUGCCAUGACUGCAGGGGCCGCCAUUGUUCUGAUGUCCAUUGAGAUACAUUUCCACGAACAAAGAUGCAACAAUUAUACUAGAAUAUGUUCAAUGAAGAUUGGGAUCCUUGGAAUGUUUCUGGUGUUCACCAUCCUUCAGUUCAUCAUCUCCAUCUGUAUCUCAGGAUUUGCCUGCAAAGCCACCAGCAACACCGACUCUACAGUGGUCAAUGUGGCACUAAACCAGGGAUACUGAGUCACAGUGAGGAGAUCCUACAGUCCAAACUUUACAAGGAAUUAAUAGCUCAUAUUUUUGCUUCUACGCAAGCUUUUGAUUUUAUUAUUUUUCAACCUGUUCAAGUGUUACAGGAACAGAACAGAAAAAAUACAUAAUAUAAUAUAUAAUAUAUAUAUAGAAUUGAAAAUUGAAAGUACAUCAAAUGACUUGUGUAAUGUUUGU